AUGCAAAAGCGGCACGAUCGUCCGAACGAUCGUGCGUUAGGGAAUUGUAAUUAUCCCUCACAAGAUCCUCAAGCCCAUAACGCCGAGUCCGUUCGCGAGCCAGGUCAUCUUGCAACUGUUCCAUCAAACGGUUCAGCUCCUGAACAUCAAGCUGAUCCGACCCUCGAGCCGGAUCAGGUGUUCCCGCCGCCACCACAUCCUUUCGUGGACUCAAGCGGUGGUCAAAGCUUUGUGGUGGAGCGUAUUUUGAGCCACCGCGACGUGAAUGGCGUCCGGACGAGUUACCUCGUCCGCUGGCGUGGCUAUCCACCGGCGUGGGACAGCUGGGAGCCUCGUACCCAUCUGAUUGUUGAUGUCCUGGGUCUCGUCGAGCAGUAUAACGAGACCCACCCGCUACGUUCGUAA